GCGGGGUGACGUCUCGCGCGCGCGACGUCGCUGCGCGCCUGCGCGCCGUCCCACGUGCGGAAUCCCUAGACUCGUGUCUCCCCGGACGCCGCGCAGCUCCGUGCACGCCAUGAAGCCAGGGUUCAGCCCCCGUGGGGGCGGCUUCGGGGGCCGCGGGGGCUUUGGAGACCGAGGAGGCCGCGGUGGCGGCCGAGGGGGCCGUGGGGGCUUCGGAGGCCGCGGCCGUGGGGGCGGCUUCCGAGGAGGCCGAGGCCGUGGAGGUGGAGGACGAGGUGGCGGAGGCGGUCGCGGGGGCGGCGAUGGUGGGUUCCAGCCCGGCGGGGGCAACCGAGGCCGCGGCCGGGGUGGAAAGCGAGGAGGCCAGUCGGGCAAGAACGUGGUGGUGGAGCCGCAUCGGCACGAGGGGGUCUUCAUUUGCCGAGGGAAGGAAGAUGCUCUGGUCACCAAGAACCUGGUCCCGGGAGAGUCGGUGUACGGAGAGAAGAGAGUGUCCAUUGCAGAAGGAGACGACAAAGUCGAGUACCGGGCAUGGAACCCCUUCCGCUCCAAGUUGGCAGCAGCCAUCCUGGGAGGUGUGGACCAGAUCCACAUCAAGCCUGGGUGCAAAGUGCUCUACCUGGGCGCUGCUUCAGGCACUACUGUCUCGCAUGUCUCUGACAUCGUAGGGCCGGAUGGUCUGGUCUAUGCAGUUGAGUUUUCCCACCGCUCUGGCCGGGACCUCAUUAACUUGGCCAAGAAGAGGACCAACAUCAUUCCGGUGAUUGAAGAUGCCCGGCACCCGCACAAGUACCGCAUGCUCAUCGCAAUGGUGGAUGUGAUCUUCGCCGACGUGGCCCAGCCAGACCAGACCCGGAUUGUAGCCCUGAAUGCCCACACCUUCCUGCGGAAUGGAGGACACUUUGUGAUUUCCAUCAAGGCCAACUGCAUCGACUCCACCGCCUCGGCAGAGGCCGUGUUUGCCUCGGAAGUGAAGAAGAUGCAGCAGGAGAACAUGAAGCCCCAGGAGCAGCUGACCCUCGAGCCCUACGAGAGAGAUCACGCGGUGGUCGUGGGCGUGUACAGGCCCCCUCCCAAGGUGAAGAAUUGAGGCCCAGCGCCAUCCGGAUUCUGAGAUUGUGUUGCUACUGUUACACGUGUGUUUUUAUAUUAAAAGACUCCUCCGU